UGUCUUACUUGUGUUAUCAGUAGUUUGUUAUGGAAAGACUGCUCAGUGGUCAGAGUUCAUAUAUGGGGGUAUUGCGUAUUUGCGAACUAAUUAAUUAAGUGAAGGAAGCUGUUUAAGAAAUGAAUAAAAAUUGUUCAUAUAUAAACGUUAAAACGUAAAUGUUAAUACUAUAGUUGUCUAAGUUGUCUUCAUUGUUUUAUUAAAUAUUUUCUUUCCAUAAAGAUUUUCAUUUAUGUUAUAUAAAUAAGAAAAUACAAUUUUAGGAUCCAAAAUGAAAUUAUUAUUUCUUGGAUUUUGUCUCUGUAUUGUUUUCCUCCUAGAAAAUGUUUCUGCUCAAAUACAUAAGCCAUCACCACCUGGAGGUUAUUCUUCAAUUGAUGCUGAUAGUGAAAAAAUAAAAAAUUUGGCUCUUUUUUCAUUAGAUUCUAUCACCCAACAAACAAUGUCAAAAAGAUCAUUAGGAUUAAUCAGAGUUAUUUCUGCUAAAACUCAAGUAGUUGCAGGAAUAAAUUAUAAGAUAAAUUUAAUGGUAUGUGAAACAGAUUCAACCAAAAGAGAAAACAUUGUUAUGGAUUACGAAAGUUGUCGUACAUGUGAUGUAAUUAUCUGGGAACAAGCAUGGUCAAAUAAUACAAAUGUCACAAAAGUUGCUUGUUCCAAACCUUCUGAAAUGACUUCACUAUCAAAAGUUGCUGUAUCUAAAAGGGACAUCCAUGAAAAUAAAAAACUUGGCACUAAAAUAAAUUUGAAUUCUGAUGAUAAAAACGUUCAGGAUAUAGUCGCUUAUGCUUUAUUAUCCGUAAAUCAACAAGAAGGAUCAGGAAAAUCACAUAUAUUAUCAAAAAUUAUAAAUGUUUCUAAACAGAUUGUUUCUGGAAUUAUAUAUUAUAUUGAGUUGGAAAUAUGUGAGAAUUCUGCUAGUAAAAAUGAUGAGAAGAAAUGUAAAAUAUGUAAUAUUAAUGUAUGGGAACAAUCAUGGUUGAAAAACCAUACUAUAACAAAAAUGAACUGUGAUGAACAUUUAAAAUCUAUGGUAGAAGUAACAAAUUCUGCAAAAGAAACAACAAAAAAACUUAACUUUGAUGAUAGAUUCCAAUUAAAGACUAAAUUUGAGGAUUUUAUGAAUGUACAUAAUAAGUUGUACCCUAGUCUUGAAGAAAAAAAUAAGAGAUUUCGUAUAUUUGCUGCCAAUAUGAAAAGAGUAAAAUUAUUACAAGAUAAUGAACAAGGAACUGCUAUUUAUGGAGCUACACAAUUUUCAGAUCUAACAAAAAAUGAAUUUAAGAAAAAGUACUUGGGAUUGAAUCCAUCGAUGAAAAGUAAAAAAUCGUUACCUAUGGCAGAAAUUUCAUAUGAUGUUUCUAUUCCUGAUGAAUUUGAUUGGAGAGAUCACAAUGCAGUUACACCAGUUAAAAAUCAGGGAUCAUGUGGAUCUUGUUGGGCAUUUUCAGCCAUUGCUAAUAUUGAAGGACAAUAUGCUUUGAAAUCUGGAGAGCUUUUAUCUCUAUCAGAACAAGAACUGAUUGAUUGUGAUGAUUUGGAUAAUGGAUGUGGUGGUGGUUUAAUGACUCAAGCAUUUGAAGCUGUUGAAAAUUUAGGGGGUCUAGAAACAGAAUCUGAUUAUCCAUAUGAAGCACAUGCAGACCGUAAAGGUUGUCAGUUAAAAAAAAAAGAAUUGAAAGUAUCAAUAUCCAAAGCUGUGAAUGUAUCUACAAAUGAAGAAGAUAUAGCCCAAUUUUUAUUUAAACACGGACCUCUUUCAGUUGGAGUUAAUGCAAAUGCUAUGCAGUUUUAUAUGGGAGGAGUAUCCCACCCAAUUCAUGCAUUAUGCAGUCCUAAAUCACUUGAUCAUGGUGUUACAGUUGUUGGAUAUGGAGUUCAUAAAUAUUCUUAUUUAAAUGUAUCUUUACCAUUUUGGACUAUUAAAAACAGUUGGGGUGACAAAUGGGGAAUUCAGGGAUACUACCUGCUUUACCGAGGUGAUGGAUCUUGCGGUGUUAAUCAAAUGGUUUCUUCAGCAAUCAUUGAUUAACUUACUUUUUAAUUUUAAGUAUAUACAUUUAACGAUUGUCAAAGCCUUAUUCGAAUAAAUAUAUUUAUAUUGAUG